UUUAAAAAUGUAGUCGAUAAAAAAAAUAUUAAUAAAAUAAAUUAUAAAUGAUUGAAUGGGGUGCACUAUCGAUAAAGGAAUGGCACCGUCGAAAAAUAAAGAACUUAAAGCUAACUUGGAACAUAAAUUAUACCUGGCUAGAGAGAACCCAGAGCCUGUCUUUGAUUUAUCAGAAUGCGAUUUAAAACAAGUGCCUCAGGGAAUAUUCACUUUGUGCAAAGUCUUUCGCAAAGAAGUUCUACUCCUGCACAAUAAUCGUCUUAGUAGUUUAGACAACGGAGGAUCAAUAAACGAUUUAAACUUAUUAACCAUCUUAGAUCUACACAAAAAUUUAUUAGUUACUUUGCCGCAGUCAAUAAAUGUGCUAACUAAUCUCAGGGAAUUAUAUUUAAACAACAACCGUUUAAAAGUUCUACCAAACGCAAUAUGUGAUCUUUACAAUUUACAAAUAUUAAAUUUGAACGAAAACUUAAUUAGUUUGGAUUGCGAUAGAAUCAAAGAGCCUCCAAAGGCUGUAAUCGAAAAUGGGGUCGAUUGUAUAAGGAAAUAUUUUGCUGAAAGAGAUGAUAUGUUUUUCAUUUCGCAGUUUUUAAAAGAGUUGGUAGCACAACAAGACCUAUUAGAAUCGGAGGUACGAAAAUUCCAAAAACUGAAAGACGAGGAUAGAAAAAAGUUCGUUGAUGAUCUACUGGCAGUGGAAAUAAGAACUGACAACAUCGUCAGGCAGCUUCUGGCGAUCAAACAUUCCGAAUCAUUUCAUGAACAAUUCUCACAAUUGCAACAUGAAGAAGAGGAAAGGCUUUUGCAGAUUUUCAGAGAAAGGAAUCACGACGAAUUGCGAAAAAAAGAUGUUUUACUUUCUAUGGAACAAAUGUUGCUGCAAGGAGACAUAGAAAUAUUUUCCAGGAGAAGUUGUGAAUUGGACACUGUUAAAAAUCAUGUCAUAGAAAGUGAAUUAGAGACAGGUAAAAUGAUAGAUUCUCAUCUGUGCAAACGGGACACGAGACAGAAUGAGCUGAUUGAAAUUCUGCAAAGGGAUGAACAAAUGCAAAGGGAGUGCCUUUUAAAAUUAUUAGCAAACAGAAACGACUGCGAAAGCUGGUGCCUGGUACAGAGACUACGUCUAGUCGAGACCCAAUUGAGUGAGCUGACCAAGCUGGAACUCGAGAAGAGGAAAAUGCAAAAUGAUAGCACACUGAACGAUUUGUCCGAAAUGAGAAUGGAGCUUGCAGCUCAUUUAAUCGAGUUGCUUCUGAAAGGGGAUGAGCGCAAACAAAAGCUGGUGAAGACAAUUCAGGACAUCGACAGAGAGCAAGAAAAAUUCUUCAAGGAAGAUUUGGGUUGA